AUGUUCUAUACAACAUCUGAAUGCAGGAACCCCGAAGUCUUCCAAGUUCAUACGCAUUACUUCAUGACUCACCGCUUGGCACAUCAUUUCAAGAUGAGCCAAAUGCUACAACGGUGUUCAGUGUUCAGCAUUGUCAAUUUGUACAACUCAACCUUCAUGGGGUCCCACGCCCCUCCGUUGUUCACUUCCCAGCAGGCCUUCUUUCCUCGAUUGUCUGCCGAAGUUUGCAAAGACGGAAUGGGCAUUGAUACGUUGCUUUUCAAUUACUCUUCAAGGAGUAAAGUGCUCGUGGUCCCAGAUUCCGGACUAGACCGUGUCCGUGACAACGAAGCGAAGAAAGAAUGUACCUCCUGGAUAGCCGCGGAAGGGACUGCCCACAAGAAUCAUGCUUGCAGUCUUUGUAUGUGUAUCACAUACAACGAAGAGGACAACAAGCACUCAGUUGUUCGUGCUGUUGUGACCAAUGGUUUGACCAUCAGCCACUGGAGAUGCAGUGCUUCUGCAUCUCAGCUGGAAAUGUUGGCCAAAGAUUUUGGCCACCCAGCACCAGAUGGCCCUUGUCGAAGGACUUUAGAUACUGUUCGAAAUUGCUACUGUAGUUUUCAUGAACCGCUUCUUGAAGGUUUUUGCCAGGCUCAGCCUUGCACCCAACCGGCGCUUGCAAAUAAGAGGACCUGUGGCCUUCAAUCUCACCAAGAGGCUGCCAAAACAUUUUCCACUCGAGUUAAUUCAAACUUCCAGCUUCACUCUAUGUUAAAUCGACCAGUCCAGUGA